CUAGGCGGCGCUACAAUCGCGGCGCUGCCGGGCGCAGGGCGCAGCGCGGGCGGCCAUGGCGGCUAAGAGGCUGCCGGCGCUGCUGCUGCUCCUCGCCUUGCUGCUGGGCGGCACGGCGGGACCCGGCGCUUGGGCAGCGCGGAGCCGCGGCGCCGACAAGCAAAACAGCUUCCGCCGCGCCGCCAGCGGCCUCUACCAGGGCGUCAGCGGCCUCUUCGGCGAGGACAACGUGCGGGCCCUGCAGAAGUUUUUCUCAAGGCUGACAGAGAGGUUUGUCAAUGGGGUGGAUGUAUUAAUGGACACAUUCUGGAGAAUAUGGACUGAUUUGUUAGAUGUUCUUGGAAUUGAUGCCUCCAACCUGACUCAUUAUUUCAGCCUAGCAGCAAUUGCCAACAGCCCAACCCGUGCUCUUCUACUGAUUGGUGCCAUUUUACUUGCCUAUUGGUUUUUAUAUCUCUUCCUUGGAUUCUUCUUCUAUCUCCUGCAUAUGCUGUUUGGUCGUUUCUUCUGGAUUGCGAGGGUUGCCCUUUUCACUCUCUCGUGCGUGUACAUCCUCCAGAAGUAUGAAGGUGACCCGGAACACGCCGUCCUGCCUCUCUGCUUUGUUGUAGCAGUCUACUUCAUGACGGGGCCAGUUGGAUUUUACUGGAGAAGAAACAGCAGCAGCAGCCUUGAGGAGAAGAUGGACCACCUUGACAGUCAGAUCAGACUUCUGAACAUUCGUCUUUCUCGGCUGAUUGAGAACCUGGACAGAGGCAGUAAUCAAUGAACCAGCCCCUAUAGACCACUGUACACCAGCUCUAGAAAAUUCCUAAGCACUGUCUCGUUUGAAGUUACAAAGCAACAAAACAUCACAUGGUAAAAAGUGUGCAAAAGUUAUAACUUUUCAUCAUGUGUGAGACUAAUUUAUCUAGAUUAUACACUCAGCCAUUAUACUUGUAGGAAAAAAAACACGUUUAAGAACUUCAGCUGUAUAUUCAGAGAGUUUUAUCCAGUACUCGAAUUUUCUCAGUAGAUAAACGCUUACUUUUACAAGCAUUUAAAAACAUCUUUUAUAGAGUUUUUAUAAAAGCAAAUUGAGUAGUCUUUCAAAUAUUGAAAUUGAGCUAAAACAUAUGCAAAUUUGACACUUUAAAAGUUAAAAAGAACAAAAAAAAUAAGCUACCAAACACUUCCAUUGAGAAGUAACUGCUGUGGGUCCCAUUUCUUUUUCUUCCAAACUUGUGUUUUUGUUUUAUUCUUGGCUUAUUUCAUUGCCUUGAAGUUGCCUUUCAUAGAGUAUCAGAUGAGGAA